CUCUUUAAAAUUAUGCAGUGGUACGAGAUGAUCUCUGAGGUCUUCAUCUGCAUUAUGUUUUUGUGAUUCUGCGACACACCACAGGAAGCGACUCAGAAAUGACAGAGUUAGGGCAGGGAGGAGGAAACAGAAGCAGAGAUUAAAGACACAUUUCCUGCCUUGGGGGAGCUCAGGCUGAGGUGACAAUCCUGGUGGAUACACAGGCCCCUCAGAAUAGGAACUGGAGUCUGAAGGCAGAGAAUUCUUUGUAGGUGGAGGUCUGGAUGAUGCAUUGGAAGAAAAGGGCCUAAAUUCAAGGCUUCUUUGGAAAAAGUAUGUUGAGAAAGCAGCUAUAGGAAUUCUAGUCCAGGAGGUGCCUCCGGACGGGCCGGCGCAUGGACAGCCCCCGCAACGCCACCAUGCCCUGCGGCUUUCUCCUCCAAGGCUUCUCUGAGUUCCCGUACCUGAGGCUGGCGCUCUUCCUGCUGCUGCUGGCAGUGCACCUGGCCACCCUGAGUGGGAACCUGCUCAUCCUGGUGGCCGUGGCCUCGGUUCCCAGACGGCCGCCCAUGCUGCUCUUCCUGUGCCAGCUGUCAUCCAUCGAGCUCUGCUACACGCUGGUGGUCGUGCCCCGCUCGCUGGCCGACCUGGCUUCGCCCAGCCUCGGCAGGGGCAGCCCCAUCUCGUUCCUGGGCUGCGCCGUUCAGAUGCAGAUGUUCGUGGCGCUGGGCGGGGCCGAGUGCUUCCUGCUGGCCGCCAUGGCCUAUGACCGCUACGUGGCCAUCUGCCACCCGCUGCGCUACGCGGCCAUGGUGACCCCCGGGCUAUGCGCGCGACUGGCCGUGGCCUGCUGCCUCGGAGGACUGUUGGUGUCCGUGGGGAUCACGGCGGCGGUCUUCCACCUGCCGUUCUGCGGCUCCCGCCUGCUGGUGCAUUUCUUCUGCGACAUCACGGCGCUGCUGCACCUGGCCUGCACACGGAGCUACGCGGACGAGCUGCCGCUGCUGGGCAGCUGCGUGCUGCUGCUGCUGCUGCCCUUGAUGCUCAUCCUGGCCUCCUAUGGCGCCAUCGCCGCUGCCCUGCGCCGCCUGCACUCGCCCGAUGGCCGGCGCAAGGCCGCCUCCACCUGUGCCUCGCACCUGACCGUCACCUUCCUGCACUACGGCUGCGCCACCUUCAUGUAUGUGCGGCCGAAGGCCAGCUACACCCCACGGCGGGACCGCACGCUGGCGCUGGUCUAUACCAACGUCACGCCGCUGCUCUACCCGCUCAUCUACAGCCUGCGCAACCGCGAGAUCACCGCCGCCAUCCGCAGGGUGCUGGGGCGGUGGCGUCCGGGCCCACGGCAGGGUCAGUCUGCGUGAACCCCGUUAGGGACAGCAGUUAGGGACCAGGCCAGAAUGGGCACCUAUGCUCCCUAAACGGUAGUCUAACAGGAGGCAUCUGCAUCAGGAACGCCACCAGGGGGACUCAAGGACCCGAUUCAGGAAAGAGAACCUGGAAAAUGGCCACAGGAGAGCCUCCCUGCAGUUGCCUCACCCUCCACCCUCCCUUAAAGAAUGGCCAAAGACAGUGUGAUACGGACGCAUAUCACAACCCUAGACCUGCAUCUGGGGCUUCCACAAGCGCCUGCUGAGGUCUCCCCAUGGGCAAGGUGGUGGGGCUUGCAGUGAUGCAACAGGCAGAACUCACCGCCAAAGGGAGUCCGCAGACAGGGCAGACGUGUAUGCUCAAAACACAUUCAUGUCGGCACUGCGUGGAUCAGCGACAGAUGAGAGAUUGUUUAAAUACCAGUAUGUGACUGACUAAAUAAUGGUGUAUCCCUAUAAUGGUAUCCUAUGCAGCUGCCAAAAAAAACAAAAAGAAAAAAUGAAG